GGAAAAAAGCCAAAGGCAAGGCUCCCCUUCCUCCUGGGGACACGAGGCACUCUGACAGCCUGCCAUCGAUUGAUUCUGCGGACACCAUCCAGUAUAACAUGGAUCAGAAGGAGAAUAUAAUUGACAGAGACAUCGAACUCAAUGUAGUUCUUCCAGGUGACAGGGUUACCUCCACCACAGUGAAUGGCAGCAAACCCAUGAUGGACCUGCUGGUAUUCCUUUGUGGACAGUAUCAUCUGAACCCAUCCACCUACACGAUAGAACUGCUCUCAUCAGAUAAAAACCUGCUCAAGUUUAAACCGAACACACCAAUUGGAAUGCUGGAGGUAGAUAAAGUUAUCCUGAAAUCUAAAAAUCUGGAGGACAGACAAAAAAAAAAAACCUGGCCCAACUAUGCCAGAGCAAACUGUUCGAGUUGUCAUCAACUAUAAGAGAACACAGAAGACGGUGAUGAGAGUUAGUCCUUUUGUUCCAUUGCAAGAAAUCAUUCCCUCUAUUUGCAGUAAAUGUGAAUUUGAUCCUGAGACUACAAUACUCCUACAUGAUUACUACUCACAGAAACCUCUUGACAUCACAAAGUCUCUCAAUGACCUUGGUUUGAGGGAACUCUAUGCUUUGGAUCAGAGCAAAGCUACAUCUCCUACAGAAAUCAGACUGCCACCUUUACAAGAGUCUUGUCAGAAUGUGGAGAUAAAGCAGAAUGAUGACAAACGGUUCUUUAAUUUUUUCCGGAGAAGCACCAAAAAAAAGAGGGAUCAGACCUCCAGUGCUCCAGCCACUCCAGUGCUCAAUAAACCAAGGCCACCACAUGCUGUGAGAGCAAACACUGUUAUUAAGUCCUAUGACUCCAACACGGUGCCUUCUGAUGUACCAAAGAAACGGAGAGCUCCGCUGCCGCCUAUGCACCCCCUUCAGAACAAGGCUAUACCCCGCGGACAGUUCCGUACCUCCUCUUGUGUUGUCAAGUCUGUCAGUGUGGAUGAAUCAGAAAAAUGUGUUUCAGGAUUUGAUCGAUCAAGAACUAGCUCUUUUCAGCACAGUGGGACAUCAUCCUUUAAUUCUUCUAUAAGAAGAACAAAACGCAAAGCCCCAUUGCCACCAGCUCCACUGACCCAGCCACUGCAGGCCAGUGAUGAGAAUAGCAAUGAAAUCGUACAUGCUUCAGAAGAAAUGAAUGAUGUCAAAGUAGAAAGUGACGAAAGAAACCUUGAUGGCGAUGCUCCAGAAGCAGAUGUAGUUCUUGAGUCAGACCAGCAGAAGAUGGAGGAGAAGAAUGAGUCAGAUGUCUCUCUGAAGUCAGAGGAGAAUACCUAUUUAAAAGAAGAAGUCAAAGGCUCUGGGAAAGAAGAAAUAAGUACAUCUUCAGCUGAAGAACAGGGUGUGGAAACGCUGGUCACAAAUGAAAUUGCAGGUCCAGAAAUGCACAGUUCUUCUAUGGUUUCCUAUGUAGAAAAUCUCUCCAAGAUUUCAGAAGAUGAGAUAAUCACAGAUGGCACGUCAAGCCUUUUGUCAAGAGAUGAUGCAGUGAUGGAAAAUACAACUCUUGAAUAUGAUAAGAUUGGUGAGCGUGAAAAUAGAACUUCAACCCCAACUGCAGAGCUAGAGAACCAUCAAAUAAUUACAACAAAAUCUGUAGUUAUGGAGCAGGGUUCCCAAACUGUACCCUCUGAUCAACACACCAAAGUUACAAAUAUUGUUUUUCACGAUUACCGCCACAUUAUAGAGAAUGAAACACAUGAGGAUCUUAAAAUUACCAACACAGAAAAGGGAAAAAUGCAGGAUUCAGCUGUCCAGACAAUGCAGGAUUCAGCUGUGCAGACUGUUAACUUUGACAAUGAUGCAGAGGAGUUUUUACAUUCUCGGGAAUCGACUUACCUGACAACAGUGAGUAGCACGGACAAUGUCCAGCAUAAACUUAAUGGUCACGUAGGUCAGCUAACACAGUUUAAUGGCCAGCAGAUAAUUGCUGGGAAAGAACCAAGUAAGAAGGAAUUUGUUGACAAUCUCAGGGAAAGUAUGCACACGCAGACCAUUGAUGAGAGCACUGUUGAGAGUUCACUGAUUUCACAAUCAAAAACAUUCCCAUUUUAUAGACAGCACUCUGAUCCCAAGCCUUCUAAUGAAAUCACCAGAGACUACCUUCCUAAGAUCGGAAUGACCACUUACAAAAUUGUUCCUCAGAGAUCAUUUGAUGUAGAGCAAUACAUGGAAUCUGAAAGUCCACAGGAUGUCCAUAAUGUUGAGUACAGAUCAAUGAAUGAACAUGUGAUAAGUCAUCAUGUUACAAAUAGCAAUAAUACAUCAUCUGUAAGCGAAAAACACACGCUUUUGUCAGAAAUAAACAAUGGACACCAUUCACCAGAAGGGUCAACUACAUACUCUUUCAGUACUGCUUCAAAAACUGUUCCUGAGCCAAGUCAAAGAGACCAUCUAGCCUUAUCUAGAAGUGUAUCUGCAGCACCUCUCUUAAACACAAAUAAAGUUGCUCCUGAGGUCAAACCGAAGCAGAAACCCACAAGCCCAGUCAAAGGUCCAAGCUCCUUUUACUUACAAAUGCAGAGAAGAGCAUCCAGUAUGUAUGUCACAUCUGCAAUUGCCAAGACAAAGACUUCUGCUGGUGUGCCGAACAGCAUGGCUAAACCUAAAGAUCUAAGCAGUGAAGCUUCUCAGAUUACCAUUAAAACACUUCCCUCUAGAAUUAAUGUAGUAAAUGUGUCUUCCAAUUUAGAGGAAAAGUUGCCUGGAGAUAGAUCAGAAUUACCAGGAAGACCUUAUGAGGUAAAAAAUGGGGGUCUUGGAUCAAUCAAUGAAGUAAAUUUGGAAACUGAAAACAUCUGCACUUCAUAUUCUUCCCUUGAAAGCCAUGUCAAACCAGUACUAAGUGACACAUCUUCUAUCGGUGUGUUAGUAGAACACAAAAAGCAUGUGUCGUUCAAAGAACCUAUCCAGAAUGCUGACUUAGAACCACCUCUGCAAGUGAAGUUUUCUGAAUACACCAGUACCUUACCAGAAAUCUACAGUGUUGACAGACCAACUGCCCAAUGGGAUUAUAAACCUGAAGUUCUUUCAACAACAUCACAUAGCAAACUGACCAGAACUUUGAGUUCUCCAACUGGCCAGUCUGCUCCAUUGAGUUUGCAGAAGUUAAGUACUUUUGUCACUCCCAAGCCUUUUACAAGUACAAAUUCCAAUCUUCCUUUUACAUCAUCAGUUAAAAGAUCUCAGUCGUUCAGUUCUAGUAUCUCGCCUGUCAAACAGCCAUUGAAUGUGGAUGCUCCCAUUGGUUGGUCAUCAGUCACUUCACCAGUUGAAUUCAACAAAGAUUCCAUGGUCUUCACUGAGCGUUCAGAGGAAAUCAUAGAAAAAAUGAGAAACUAACCCCUGAACUAAAAUACAGAGUGCAUAGUCCACCUCCUGUUCCCGAAAAAAAGACCACAGUUUCUUUUCCAAGCUCUGACCCAGAACAGCUCCGCCAAAACAUUCUGUCUGCCAUUCGCUCCGGAGAGGCAGCUGCCAAGCUGAGAAGGAUCACUAUCCGCUCUAACACCAUUUCCAUUAAUGGAAAAUCUCGAAUCAGCCAUCCAGCUUUCUCACAAACAUUACCCGAAAACUAG